AUGGGCGCAGACUCACCCAAACUGGACAGUCACCUGGUCUUUGUCCAGUCCUCAGCUGUCAAGUUUGGCUGUCUCUUCCCAGGAAGUACGGGAGACGCCGUUUCCGACCCGUCCUCCGUCGGCGGGACGUUGCCGCACUUCCUGCAGGAGCCAGAAGACGCCUAUAUCAUCAAGAGCAACCCGAUCCGCUUGCGGUGCCGUGCCACACCCGCCCUGCAGAUUUUCUUCAAGUGCAACGGGGAAUGGGUUCACCAGAACCAGCACACGGUCCAGGAAUACAUGGACCAGAACACGGGUCUGAAGGUGCGUGAGGUGAUGAUAAACGUCUCACGGCAGCAGGUGGAGGAUUUCCACGGCCCUGAGGAUUACUGGUGCCUAUGCGUGGCCUGGAGUCACCUGGGCACGUCCAAAAGCCGCAAAGCCACCGUGCGCAUCGCCUACCUGCGUAAGAACUUUGAGCAGGACCCGCAGGGGAAGGAGGUUCCCAUCAGGGGCAUGAUCGUUCUGCACUGCCGGCCUCCAGAGGGUGUGCCUGCUGCCGAGGUGGAGUGGUUAAAGAACGAUGAGCUGCUGAGUUCGCUUGACGACAAUAUUGACACCCGAGCCGACCACAACCUGAUAAUUAACGAAGCACGACUCUCCGACUCGGGGAACUACACCUGCCUGGCCAGCAACAUUGUUGCCAAGAGACGCAGCGCCACGGCUACCGUGGUCGUCUUUGUGAACGGAGGCUGGUCUCUGUGGACGGAGUGGUCUCAGUGCAGCGUGGAUUGUGGGAGAGGAGUACAGAAGCGCUCUCGGACCUGCACUAACCCGGCUCCGCUGAACGGAGGAGCCUUCUGCGAGGGCAUGUCUGUACAGAAGAGCACCUGUAAUGCACUCUGUCCCGUGGACGGAGGAUGGGACGAGUGGAGCGAGUGGACGGCAUGUAGCGCUCAGUGUGAGAGGCAGAGGUGGAGGGAGUGUACCGCGCCGGCUCCCCGCAACCACGGAAGAACCUGCGAGGGCAAAGGUCAUGACGUGGAGAACUGCACCGGCGGCCUGUGCACUCAAGAUGGGAAGAUGCUGCAUGAUGUUAAGCCUCAGAGUAUGGAUGGCUCCAACGAGGUGGCGCUGUACUCGGGACUGGCAGCAGGUGCCAUCGCCGUCACUGUCCUCAUCAUAUCUGUUACGUUGUACCGCCGGAGCCAGAGCGAAUACGGCGUGGAUGUCAUCGACUCGUCUGCCCUCGCUGGUGGAUUCCAGUCCUUCAACUUCAAAUCCACCAGACAAGGCAAUCCUCUGCUUCUGAAUUCGUCCGCCCAGCCUGAGCAGACCUACAGCUUCCGUGACCCUGUGGGGAAAGAGCUGUUCGACCCGCUGCCUGACGCCACAGCUAAAGUCCAGAGCUCCUUCACGGCUGAGUACCACUCCAAGACCUACCCCCAGGGCCUGGCGACACCAGUGCCCACCAACAACGGACCCUACAACUCCUACAAGACUCAUCUGAGGAGCAGCGGCGUGUUCGGACACCAGGGAGGACGACUCGUCAUGCCCAAUGCAGGAGUCAGUCUGCUGGUGUCUCAUGCGGCCAUCGCCGAGGACACGUCCUGGGAAAUGUACAUGCUCAUCGAUCAAGGAGAGUCCAGCGCACCAUCGUUAGAGAGAUGCGAAAUCCUGCUGGGGCCAGAGGUCACGUACGGCCCCCCAGGUCUCAGUCUGACCUCCCCUGUUGCCAUGACGAUAGCCCACUGUGCCGAGGUCAUUGGCGAGAACUGGAGCGUUCGCCUGAAGAAGAAAACGAAGGACGACGAGUGGGAGGAAGUGAUGUCGGCAGAGGACGAUUCGACUUCCUGCUACUGCCUCCUGGACUCUGGAAGGUGCCACCUGCUGCUGAGCGAGCCGGGCUCGUACGCCCUCGUGGGUGAACCGCUGAGCGACAGCGCCACCAAGAGGCUGAAGGUGGCUGUGUUUGGCAGCUCACAGUCCUCUAUGAGCUACGGUCUGCGGGUGUACUGCGUCGACGACACGCCUCACGCCUUUCAGGGAGUGGUGACUGCAGAGAGCAACAGGCAUGGCUUGCUCCUGGAGGAACCCAAGACUCUUCUGUUUAAAGGGAACACCUACAGUCUGCAGGUCUCCAUCCAGGAUCUGCCCCAGUUCCCCUGGAGCAUCAAACCCUUUAGCACCUGUCAGGAGUUCUCCUUCUCGCAGGUAUGGAACAGUAACCAGCAUCCUCUGCACUGUGCCUUCUCUCUGGAGCGCUUCAACGUCGGCACCAUGCAGCUCUCCUGCAAGAUCAGCGUGCGCCAGGUCAAAGGUCACGAGCAGAUCCUGCAGGUCUAUACCUGUGUGGAGGAGAAGGAGAAGGAGACGCUCCCAUUUUUUAUGCAGACCGACUGCACGGUCACCUCCCAGACGGGCGCUAAAGCCUUCAAAAUCCCUCCGUCCAUUCGGCAGCGCAUCUGCGCCACCUUCGACACUGCCAACACCAAGGGCAAGGACUGGCAGCUCCUCGCUCAGAAACUCCACAUUCAGAGGAACCUGUCGUAUUUCGCUAAGCAGCGCAGCCCGUCCGGGGUCAUCCUCAGCCUGUGGGAGGCUCGGCACCAGGCCUCGGGAGACCUGGACUCCCUGGCCAGUGCGCUCGAGGAGAUCAGCAAGAUCCACUCGAAAAGCUCGGCCCAGAGUCCGAGCGAGACGCAACCGGACUACAAUCAGUGACGGAGAGACGCGAACACUAUCAUUCUGUACACUCGUGACUCGAGUGCUCAUGUCCGGCUCCAGACAAAGAGAGAGAUGUGA